AUGGGAGGGCCGCGGCGCAUGUCAAGUGCGCUGCUGCUGCCCUUCGCCCUCCUCUCCCUCCCACCAGUUGGUGCUUUCAACGCCACUGCAUACCGAGAAGAAGUGGAGUCAUCACUUCGGCUCGUCCAUGCAGUGGCUACUGGUGCCACAGGAGCACUCUGCGUGACUCAUAGGUACGGCCGCCUGCGUGCCCCCCUUCACGCAGCACGUUGGGACGCUGCUAGAGCGAGAGCAGAUUUAGCUGCUAACUUACUACACCAACUCGGUCUAGAAAACGCCGAAAUUCUAACUGCAGUUUCUCAAAGUUUAGUAAUGGGAAGUAGUUCUUCCGAGCGCGCUGUGGGUGCACGUGCUGUUGCCUUGCAACCUGAUGGUGUAGUUCAAGGUUCAAUUGCCUGGGAACGGUAUGGCACAGGUGAACCAGUUGCCGUACCAUCGCCGCAGAUGGAUAAACCACCAGAUCCAGAAUACCCGUGGUAUGUAUCAGCGUAUCAAACAGAAGAACUAAGAUCGUCUAGAUUUAUGCCCUCGCCGCCCGGUGCUGCAAUGGGAGGCUGGUGGACGUACCCAUAUUACAGCUGUGAGGCUGAACGCUGGCUGUUGUCAUAUACAGCCCCAGUAUCAAAAAUUCGUGGAUUAAGUGGUGUAGUAUCACUGGACAUAGACAUAUCUAAUUUGGAAAUAAAUCAAUGUGAAGCGAAGUAUGAAGACGAAAACGACAAUCAAAUUUACUCUUUUCAUGGAACACACAAAUGUCCUAACGAGACGACUUAUUGUAUAUACAAACGAAAUCGAGGAAUGAACAUAAGACAUGCAGGAUGGGCAAGAGGAUCAUACAUUUGCAGAUGUAGACCUGGUUUUUAUUCUAUACAUCAUCCUGAAGGAUUCAAUGGCUCUCUAGUUGAAGUUGCAUACCAAGAAUAUGAAGAAGGUGGUCUAGAAAAUUGGAGUGAGCCUUACGAAUGCUUUAAGUGCCAGCCUGGUUGUGAAACAUGCAGUGGCCCAGAACCAUGUCUUGCCACAUACAAUUGGCCUUUCCGGAUAUCAUUGCUGGUUAUAUCAGUAUCUUGUGCAGGGUUGACAGUAUGCCUUACAAUUUACACGCGCCAUCAUCGUCGUGUUAAAGUGUUUCGUGUAGCCAGCCCUGUAUUUCUCUCUAUAACAUUAUUAGGAUGCGCCAUUAUGUACAUGGAAAUGGCAGCUAUAUUUCCAGUUCUUGACAGAUACUCCUGUAUUGCCACAAAGUGGACUCGUCACAUGGGAUUUUGUAUCACUUACACAGCCCUACUUAUGAAAACAUGGAGAGUUUCUCUCACAUAUCGAGUUAAGUCCGCACACAAGUUAAAGCUGACUGACAAACAGUUACUACAGUGGAUGGCACCGAUACUACUUAUAAUGCUAGUGUAUUUGUGUACAUGGACGCUCUCUUCACCGCCAGACGCUGAAGUUAUAACCGACGACUUAGGAUUAAAAUUCAAGCAAUGCACGUACAACUGGUGGGACCACAGUUUAGCUAUAGGAGAAAUCCUGUUUCUACUGUGGGGUGUGAGAGUAUGCUACCGUGUCAGACACGCUGAGAGUUUAUAUAACGAAGCUCGCCUCAUAUCCAUCGCUAUCUACAACAUAUUUACUGUUAAUUCAUUAAUGAUUGCAUUUCAUUUAUUAAUAUUGCCGCGAGCCGGCCCUGAUAUCAAAUAUCUUCUUGGCUUUAUAAGAACUCAACUGUCCACUUCAACUACCGUAUUAUUAGUAUUUCUUCCAAAGGUGUUGCGUGUAGUGCGCGGCACGGGGGACAAGUGGGACAGCCGCGCUCGAGCUCGGGGAGUCCCCGCUUCCUCUUCACUCAACGGUAUUGGUCUUGUGCCUGACGAACCGCCGGAUUUGUACCAAGAGAACGAAGAAUUAAAGGAAGAAGUACAAAAACUCGCAGCACAGAUAGAAUUUAUGAAGAUCGUGCAAAUGGAGAUGCACAACAGACAUCUGCGACCACGGCCCGGUGGCUAUUUCAGUAGCCAGGCACCAACUUCGCACAGUCCAGUGCAUAACAACGCUAACUCUCAGGAGACAACGGAAUGGACUGGGCCGGUGUGA